CAUGAGAUUCAUGGAAAGAUGGGCACACUUGGCUGUUGCUGUUCUUGCGACCUCACUUGUUGUGCCUUGCUACGCUGAACCACCAGUCAGCUACUUGCCACCAUCAACGAGUUAUGGAACUCCAAAUCUAGGAGGAGGUGGUGGUGGUGGUGGUGGUGGAUUUGGUGGAGGUGCUCCCUCUUCUUCAUACGGUGCACCUUCCGUGUCCUACGGAGCCCCAUCGGGAGGGGGUAGCUUUGGCGGUGGUGGUUUCGGAGGUGGUCGUCCAUCAUCUAGUUAUGGAGCUCCCAGCUCUGGAGGAUUCUCAGGUAAACCUCCAGAUUCAUCUUCACUGCGGCAACUUCAAUGAACAAAGGAUUGAAUUAAUAAUGCGCCUCUCUUAGGUGGGUCCGGAGGUGGUAGCUACUCAGCCCCAUCUUCCAGCUACGGCGCUCCAUCUUCGAGCUAUGGCGCUCCCUCCAGGCCAUCAUCCAACUACGGGGCUCCCUCGUCCGGGGGAUCCGGUGGAUUCGGAGGCGGUUUUGGCGGUGGGGCUUCCAGACCGUCAUCUAACUAUGGGGCUCCCUCAUCCGGUGGAUUCGGAGGUGGAUUCGGUGGUGGCGUUUCAAGACCCUCGUCCAACUAUGGUGCUCCCUCGUCCGGUGGAUUCGGAGGUGGUUUCGGCGGUGGUGCCUCCAGGCCCUCAUCCAGCUACGGUGCUCCUUCAUCCGGUGGAUCCGGAGGAUUCGGAGGUGGUUUUGGUGGCGGCGCCUCAAGUCCCUCCUCCAGCUACGGAGCUCCCUCAUCCGGCGGAUACAGUGGGGGAUUCGGAGGUGGUGCCCCGUCGCAAAGCUAUGGUGCGCCGUCCAGGCCAUCCCAGAACUACGGAGCACCGUCAUCGGGUGGAUUUGGUGGUGGUUACAGUGGCGGAAGUAGCGGUGGAUUCGGCGGAUCCUCAGGAUCCUCUUACAACGCUCCAUCUGCGUCUUACGGUGCUCCGUCGAGCGGUGGUGGACAGAGCUAUGCCGGUAACGGUGGCUAUCAGUACUAAUAUCCCGGAACGAUCGUGCAGUGAAGCGAGCGAUACUGACCUCGACCUCUCUUCACUCGAUAUCCACAUGAAAAAGCACGUGGUCGCAUGUUUUUCAAUAAUUUUUUACCUUCUUCUCUCAUCCUCCUGAGAGCCCUCGCAACGGAAGAUCCACCGAGUGUUCAUUGAUGAAUGAAGAAAUUGGGGAACUGUAGGGGAGAAAAACGGUUGUCAAUGCUCGGGUUGUAUUCUUCAACUCGCAAAAGAAUUAAUCCGAGGCAUAACAUCGGAAUUCUUCGGAGACCUAUUUCUAUAUGAGAAAGGAAAAACUGGAUAACGGAAUGAAUAUCGAAGCAGGCGUUCUGUUCUCCGACGAGAGAGAAGAUCUAUUGCCGAAUGGUUGCAGAUAUGCCUGUAAUUUAUUUAUUUUGUAAAGAUGCUUUUUUGUACUAAUAAAAAUGCUGACCGCUGAAACAAA